GACAAAUCACUCGUUUCUGUAAUCGAACGGACAAAGCCGAUUCACGCGAGCUCGCUUGAAGGUCAAGCAAUCGGUCUCCACUGCCACUCACUGCCGGCGCCGCCUUUCUCGCCAUUCCUCAAUCCGUCGACUCGAGCCUAAGUCCAUCGGCUAUGAUGAGGGCGACGUUGGCGCUGGCAGUGGUGUCGCUUCCCGUCGCGCUGGUCUCAGGCACGGCGUCCCAACUGGACUACCCGGCCUGUGCCAUCAACCAUUCGCCCCAGUAUUACUGCUGCGAUCUGGGCACUCCCGAGGGUUCGGACGUCUCCAACGGCCUAGUGUACGUCCGCUACAACAAACCGCAGGGCGACGGCUUCUCUAGUUACUACGACGAAGGCUGGCAAAAGAGCCGCCAGAUCAAUUACGACCCCGACGGGGACGUGUCGCUCUAUGCUCCAAGCACGCCCAGCUACGUGUACGGCGAGGCCGACAAGACCUGCCGUCUGCACGACGUCGCAGUGAACGGCACCGUCAUGAGUACUCUGCAGUGCACUUUUGCUGCUGACAGUGAUGAUAUCUACACGCAGAACACAUCGCUGGCCGAGGACUCGACGGACACGUCGGUCUUCUGGUCGUCCACGCCGAAUCCGCGCAAUAACAACGCGUCGCUGCCUAUUGGUGCCGUGUGCCGGAGCAUCAUGCUGGACGACGGCACGGUCAACACGACGGCGCAGAGUCUGUGUACGUCUGCGUCCAGCCCGUCGGUUUACCGCUUUAACUCGUUCACAGAGACUCCCCUCGUAGUCGUGUACGUCAUCUAUGCCGUCUGCUUCAUCAGUCUGGCGUGCUGGGCUGGGCUGCGUACGGCACUCGGCGUGCGCCAGUCGUCGGAUGCCGCAGCUCCGCUGACGUCCAUUGCGGACGGCGAUAAGAAGCUGCUUGACCACCGUGGAGGACCCGAGACACCCGGUUUCAAGACGUCGGCCACCCGUCCGUCACUGGCCGAUCGUCCGUCCGAGGUGCAGCUGCGCAACAGCACCGAGGACAUUGUGCAGACGGGAUACACAGACUCGGUGGUCGGCUACGUCGUGUUCGGCUACUUCGUGCUCAUGACGGUGCUGCUCAACAUCCCGAUUAUCCUCACGAUCCGGGACAACCAGGGAAAACUCGCGACGGACAAGUACGCGGCCUGGUUCAACCCCACUACGGUGGUUAUCAAGGUUUUUAUCUCGCUCUGGGUCAUCGCCACCGUCUGGUUCGUCGUGGUGGUCGUGUACCGCUUUAAGAUCCUCAACUUCUUCCGCUACCCGACGGCUCUGGACAAGUGCACGCGCGUGCUCAUGUACAAACCUGAAGUGACGGAGACGAUGCUGGUGGACCGGUCGGGCGUCGCUCAAAUGGUACUCAAGAUUGAGAGCUUCCUGUUCCCGCACUCGCGCCAGGGCGUGGAGGAGACCGUGACCGUGCACACGACGGCCGAAGGCGCGCGUUAUCUGGAGUUCCAGCACCUGCGCUACUCGUUCGACGAUGUUGAAGGCAAGUUCAUCCCUGGCUCCAUUGUGCUGCCGGACACGUACGACAAGAUCCUGUCGGACUCACAGGGACUAACCAGUGACGAGCACGCGCGCCGUCUGGACAUUGUGGGCCGCAAUGCCAUCGAAGUGGAGAUGCCGUCCUGGGCGACGUCGAUUGUCGACGAGUUCUUCUCGUUCUUCUACAUCUAUCAGCUCAUGUGCUACUACGUCUGGUACUUUACAGACUACGUGUGGGUGUCGGUGCUCAAUACUGUGGUGAUCGUGCUGGCCGCAGCGUUCAACAUCUACGCCAAGCGCAGCAUGCUGGGGUCUGUGGUGCAGAUGACCCACUACGUGGCGGAGGUGACCGUCAAGCGGGACGGCGAGUGGGCGACGAUCAAGUCUUCGGACCUAGCGCCGGGUGAUCUCGUGCGCGUGGCGGAGAACUGGGAGCUACCGUGUGACCUCGUGAUCGUUAAAGGCUCGACCGUUUGCGACGAAUCAAUGCUGACCGGUGAGUCCAUGCCGGUGCAGAAGUUCCCGCUUCCAAAUGACAGCAGCGACGUGUACGAUGCUGAAGGUAACGGCAAGAAGUACACGCUCUUCUCCGGCACUAGAACGCUGGCUUCAGGCCGUGACGAGGAGAUUCUCGCCAUCGUACAGGCUACCGGCGCCCACACCAGCCGUGGACAACUCGUACAGGCUAUUCUGUACCCGGCUCCGAUCCGAUUCAAGUACGACGAGCACCUGAAGGCUGUCUUCUCCGUUCUGUUCGUGAUUGGUUUGAUUGCUGCUUACUUCGCGAUGAAGUUCUUGAUCGAGAACGCCGGUCUCAGCAACACGUUGUUCGCCUUCGUGUACGGCAUGUUCAUGUUCAGUGCCGUGCUCAACCCGUUGCUACCUGUCGUGAUGACGAUCGGCCAAGUGAACGCCGCUAAGCGUCUUCAAAAGAAGGACGUCUUCUGUCUCAACCCUCAGCGUAUCACUCUGUGUGGCAAGGUGCGCGUGUUCUGCUUCGACAAGACCGGUACGAUUACGAAGGAAGGUCUGGAUUACCGUGGAUGCGUUCCCAUCGGGGACUCGGGAGAGUUCCAGCCAGAGUUUAAUGACAUGACGGAUGCUUCGUUGAACCAGAUGAUGAAGUUCUCGCUCGCAUCGUGUCACGCCGUGGGCUCGCUGAACGGCGAACUGGUUGGUAAUGAAGUGGAAGUGAAGAUGUUCAAGAGUACGCAAUGGAAACUGAUCGAGCUGGAGGGUCAAUUGCCUGUCGUACAGGCGGCGGACGGCUCCAAGGAGCUGGAGUUCGUCAAACGUUUCGAAUUCGACCACCACCGCAUGUCCAUGAGCGUCGUGAUGAAGCAGAAGAGCACGGGCAAGCUCAUUAUCUUCUGUAAGGGCUCAUAUGAGAAGAUGGCGUCGGUGUCCAGUAAGGACUCGAUCCCUGCCAACUACUUUGAGACGGCUGAGAACCUGGCCAAGAACGGAUGCUACGUGUUGGGUAUGGCGUACAAGGAGAUGUCAGCGAUGAGUGAAACGGAUCUCGCGGCAUUCUUGGGCGACCGUGACGCUGUUGAGGCGUCUUUGGCGCUUCUUGGCUUGAUCAUGUUCCGUAAUGAGAUUAAGGACGACUCACGCGACGCCAUUUUGACGCUGAAACAGGGCGAUAUCCGUCCGGUGAUGAUCACGGGAGACAACGCCAUGACCGGUUGCUACAUCGCCCGUGCCAGUGGCAUGGUGGACGAGGAUUCUCAGAUGAUUCUUGGUGACAUGGUGGCCGACGAGAAGAUCGGCUUCAUGCUCUUGUGGAAGGACGUGGAGACGCAGCAGGUAUUCUCGUUCGAUGACAUUCGCGACAUGGUCGAGGCGGUAGAUACGAAGGUGGAGUUGGCCGUGACCGGUAAGGCUUUCGAUUUCCUGGUCAAGAUGGGAGACAUCAACAAGAUUUUGCUUAAGGUCCGCAUCUUCAGCCGCAUGACGCCUCAAGGGAAGGUGGACUGCGUCAAGCUGCACAUGGCCACAGGAUCCGUGACGGGCAUGUGCGGUGACGGUGGAAACGAUUGCGGUGCGUUGCGUAUCGCGCACGUGGGUGUUGCGCUCAGCGACGCGGAGGCUUCAGUGGUGUCUCCGUUCACGAGCAAGUCGCGUACGCUCAAGUCAGUUGUAGACCUGGUGCUUGAAGGCCGUGGCGCUCUGGCGACGUCGUUCGCGAGUGUCAAGUACCUGAUCCUGUACGGUCUCAUCGGUAUCGGCUGCCGUACCGUCAUGUACUACAACGGCGUGUUCAUCUCGCAGUUUGGCUUCAUGUAUCUGGACGGUGCCAUCCUGGUCGGACUCUCGUAUGGCCUCACGCGUGCUCGUCCGCUGGAGAAAAUGGGAUCGCAGCGUCCUACGUCGAGUUUGGUAGGCCCCACGACAGUGUGUUCGCUGGUCGGCGCGGCCGCGAUCCACUGGCUGUUCCUGUACGGCGCCAUCCAUGAUCUGACCACGCAGCCCUGGUACUGUCCGUUCCAGCCCAGCAACGUUAACCUGGUGCAGUGGUGGCUCCUACAAGACAGCAAUCUGGGCUCUACGCUGUGGUUUAUCAUCUGCUUCCAGCAAAUGUCCACGGGUCUCACUAUGGGUCUAGGCUCGCGCUUCCGUCUCCCGAUCUGGCAUAACAUCUUCCUGAUGUUCUGGUACGCGCUACUGUUUGUGGUGCUGGUUGUUAUGUUCGUCGGUCCGCCGUCGCGUUUCAGCGACCAGUUCCGUGUGGCCAGCAGCACCAACGUCGUGGGUCUGCCUGACAUUCCGCUGCCGGUUGGCUUCCGUUGGGAACUGUUCGGCUGGGGCAUUGCCGACACUGCCGCCGUCCUCAUCUACGAAUACUUUUUCGUGCUCGGCUACGUACGCGACUACUUCCGCGCCAAGUAUCACCGCGAUGCCCUCCCCAUGAAGCUGUAAAAAGGGAUCAACGCUUGUGAAUAAGCCUAGUUUUGAGCAUUUUUAAUGAAAAUCCCUAUAUGAACUUUGUAGUUUGACA